AUGCUCUCCCAAACUCUCUUCCAUAUCAUCUCCUUGGCGCUCGUCGGCACCGCCAUCGCUGCCCCAAAGGCUCUCGUGUCUCCACGUUCUGCGCAGAUCUGUGACGACACUGAGACGGGCGACCUCCUCUGCUACACUGCGCCUGACAACACGCCUCAAGACGUCGCUGUUGCUGAUGUAUCCUAUGUCGCGGCCUAUCUCCGCGCAUAUGGAGCGCAGACCAAGGCCGGACGUCUAUACUCAAUGUCUGCAGCCGACGCCCCUGACUGUGCUGAAUGGACCGUCUAUUCCCACGGCACUGUUCAGGUCAUCGCUAAGCACAUUGACGCCACCGUCGACAGUAGCGUUCUCUAUGCUGACAUCGCCAAUACCAUUGACGGUGGAACCGGCGCAACGCCUGCCCAGCAAGCUGCUGCUCUCAUCGGCUGCGAUACUGACGGCGGCUCGCUCGGUGUCGUCUACAACGCUUCCAACCCGGCAUACUCGGCCACGACUUACCCUGUGGGAUAUACGCCUGAGGGCAUUCUCAUUAAGAUUGUGACGACAGGGGUUUAG